AUGAACAGCAGUGAAAUUACAGAUUUUGUCUUCUUGGGACUGUCUAAGAGCGUUCAACUGCACGUGCUGAUAUUCUGUGUCUUUCUGCUAGUUUAUAUUUUGACCCUAAUUGGGAAUUGCUUAAUUAUUGUUGUCACCAUAGUAGAUGUUUCUCUUCAAACACCCAUGUAUCACUUUCUCAGGGUCCUGUCUAUCCUAGACAUCAGCUAUUCUUCAGUCACUAUCCCUAAGAUGCUACUGAAUUCACUGUCUAAUGACAAAAGCAUUUCUUACAUUGGUUGUGCUACCCAAGUGUACUUCUUGCUUUUCCUAGGGGCUACAGAAUGUUUUCUCUUGGCUGUCAUGGCCUAUGAUCGGUGCAUAGCCAUAUGCAACCCACUGAGAUAUAUGGUCAUAAUGAACAAGAGAGUUUGCCUCUCUCUCUCUUUGUUUUCUGUAAUUAGUGGAAACCUGGUAUCAUUGGUGCAAACUGUGUGGGUAUUCACAUUGCCUUUCUGUGGUUCCCAUAAGAUUGAUUACUUCUUUUGUGACGUUCCUCCACUGCUUAAGCUUUCUUGCAUCGAUACUUCUCUGUAUGAGAUGCAGUUGAUGACAGCCACCAUUUUGGUGAUAUUCACUCCUUUUAUUCUCAUCCUUGUCUCCUAUGUUCUUAUCAUCUCCUCCAUUCUAAAAAUGACAUCAGUUGAUGGCAGAGGGAAAAGCUUCUCCACUUGUUCCUCACAUCUCUUAGUGGUGCUUUUGUAUUACGGAACCAGCAGUUUGAUUUAUAUAAGACCCAAACACAUCUUCUCAGAAGACACAAGGAAAGUGGUUGCCCUUAUAUACACUACCAUAACACCCAUGUUGAACCCUGCUAUCUACAGUAUAAGGAAUAAAGAGGUCCAAAGAGCUCUGAAGAAAACGUUCCACCAAGCAUUGGCCUUG